UAAUACUUUAUCUGGUAGUUACUGAUUAACUGAGGAACGCUAAGAGCGACUGUGAAUGCGCUGCCAAGUAGGCUGGGCUAAGUUGUAUAUGUUUAGUGGCAUAUACGCGACAUAGUUUUGCCAAAAUGAAGGUAAUAUACGCUGGUUACAGUAAAACUGGGACCAAAUCUAUGGCUGCAGUAUUCCGUGAGUUUGGCUACAACACUUAUGACUUUCUCGAAAAAAAUCGCUACCUUGGAAAAGAUUGGGAACGCAUACUUAAACAGGGGGGAACAGUGGAAGAUUUUAGAAGAAUGUACGAAGGUGUGGACGCUGUAGUUGAUGGACCUUGCUUUAUAUACUGGGAGGAAAUCAUGGAUGCUUACCCGGAUGUUAAGAUAAUCAUAUCCAUUCGAGAUGAAGCUACAUGGUUGCCAGCUUUAAAGAAGCAAAUAGAUUCGCUCGCUACUGAUCCAUUGUAUGUCUUAAUGCAAGUCUUAUCUUUCUCGGGAUGGAAGUAUUUUCACGGAAUGUCAAUUGCUGGACACGCAAUACUCGGUUCUACACUGAAGUGGCCUUGGUCUACUUUCAAAUACAACCCAACAGUUUGGAAAAGAAAAUACAGGAACCACAACAGCUACGUAUUACACAAAGCGCCAAAGGAUCAGUUGUUGGUGUUCAACUUUAAAGACGGCUGGGGACCAAUCUGUGAAUUCCUGGGAGAGAAAGUUCCAGACAAGCCCUUCCCACACGCCAAUAUAGCUGCAUCCACAAUGAGAGAUUCAAUGGAAAACCAUCCAAUAAUGAAAGGGAUGCUUAGAGAAGCGAUGUUUACUCUUGGAGUUAUUACUCUCAUCGGGGCGUAUGGUGGGUACAAGGUUUACCAAAACCCAGCAAGUAUAAGAGGUUGGAUCAACGCAGCAAUGACAAGGUUCAAGUUCUGGUAAUUAUCACUUUACACGAGUGAUGUAUUUUUCUGAAUUCUAUUCACUUUCUCUUACACGAACAGUUUCAGCUUGCAUUUUGUGUGGCGUUAAACAAUAUUGUAAAAACGACUUUUAUAUAAAUUUUACAAUACGCUAAUAAAAUCGUGUAGCAAUA